GCUCAAGCGAUCCUCCUGCCUCAGCAUCUUGAGUAGCUGGGACUACAGGCGUGAGCUGCUGUGCCUGGCCUCACUUACUUCUGUAGACUUGAUGUUGAUUAUCUGGAAAUUAAGGGCAUUAGGCUAGUGAUCUAUAAAGUCUUUCUAGCUCAUAACUUUUAGUAAUUCUUAUAUUGUAGAGACAUUUGUAUACUUUAACCAUGUGUACAUGGGAAUAACAGAAAACGAUGAUAGUAGCAGCUAACAUUUAUUGUAGCCACUGCCUACCUACCAGGUGGAUUUCUAAGUGCUUUACUCAUUUUAAUGCCUUCAAACCUUAUAUCAACCUACUGUGCUUUUAUAAUCCCCAUUUUAUAGGUCACUCAACUAGUAAGUGGAAACAUGAUUUACAUCCUAGCAGUUUGACUUCUGUCUCAGUUUGAGUUUCCAGGACUGUGAGAUGGAGAUUAGCAUGCAGGAUGUUCAUUUGGGAACGUUCUUGGGAUUACCACCCAGGGAAGGGAAGGGAAGGAAAUAGUACUGGGCAGAGGCACAAGUUGGAUUGUGAUUCAGUCUCAACAGAGCCCUCAGCUGACAUCAUGGGGACCUCUGAAGCUGAGACAAUUCUCCAGAAUUGGGAUGGAGUUGGCAAGGUCAUUCAAAAUGUCUGGAUGUUGGAAACCCAAGAGGUCUUGAGAAUAUAUGUCAUUAAGAGGAUCUGCACCAGUGACAAUUGUACCUCUUCCUGGAGAGCAAGUACAGGUUCAGGGGGUCAUCCAGAAGACAGCUCAGUCUUCUGUAAUUCACCCACCACACGUGCAAACGGUAUCAUCUUUAUCAGAAAGUGAGGAGUCUCAGGACUCAUCUGAUAGCAUAGGCUCCUCACAGAAAGCCCACGGGAUCCUAGCACGGCGCCCAUCAUACAGGAAAAUUUUUAAAGAUCUAUCUUCUGAAGAUACACGAGGCAGAAAAGGAGACGGAGAAAACCCUGGAGUUUCCGCUGUCACUUCUAUGUCCGUUCCUACUCCCAUCUAUCAGACUAGCAGUGGACAGUACAUUGCCAUUGCCCCAAAUGGAGCCUUACAGUUGGCCAGUCCAGGGACAGAUGGAGUACAGGGACUUCAGACAUUAACCAUGACGAAUUCAGGCAAUACUCAGCAAGGUACAACUAUUCUCCAGUAUGCGCAGACCUCUGAUGGACAGCAAAUACUUGUGCCCAGCAAUCAAGUGGUAGUACAGACGGCAUCGGGAGAUAUGCAGACAUAUCAGAUUCGUACCACACCUUCAGCUACUUCUCUGCCACAAACUGUGGUGAUGACAUCUCCUGUUACUCUUACAUCUCAGACAACUAAGACAGAUGACCCCCAAUUGAAAAGAGAAAUAAGGUUAAUGAAAAACAGAGAGGCUGCUCGAGAAUGUCGCAGAAAGAAGAAAGAAUAUGUUAAAUGCCUGGAAAAUCGAGUUGCAGUCCUGGAAAAUCAAAAUAAGACUCUAAUAGAAGAGUUAAAAACUUUGAAGGAUCUUUAUUCCCAUAAAAGUGUUUGAUUCUUAACAAAGAAAAUAUUUUUGUGGACUUGCCUAAAAAUUAUAUUUGAUUUUUUAGUGGAGUUUUAUAAAUUAAAAGGUCAGAAGUGGAGCUUUUUAUGUAGGCUUUUGCAACUCAAAUAUCUUUGUAAGAUAUCUGGUGACAGAGGAUAUAGUGGAAAGUGACCUCAAGGAAGCUACUGGCAAAACUGGAAGCUUUGUAAAAAUGAAACAUACUCAAGAAGCAAGAAACCAACUUUCAGCAAUUUGAAUUUUCUUUCUUUCUUUUUUUUUUUAAUUUAAAUUUUCUAAGUAACAAUAGUUGUCAGUCCAAAAAUGGCAGAUAAAGAUGAGAUUUGGUAAAUUGGAUUUUUAGAAGUAAAUCAGUUUACCCUAUAGGUUUGCAUUUCUUACUGUUUUUCUGAAAUUUACCUUUUUCAGUUUGUGUGUG